AUGGACGGUAAGGUCUUAUCAAUUCUUCCCUGCUUUAUGGAAAUUUAGGUCAAAUUUUUCCUAAAUUUAUCACAAGUAACACGAUAGAGGCUAACUAAGAGGACUGUAUGAAGUAAAAUACAGCAGUCAUGCAUGAUGCUGUCUGUGUAUGUUGACUUACAUGAGUGUACUAGGUGAUCAUGGAAACUACAAAUAAAAAAAAGGUCAAAGUCUUUCACUGUUAUUUUUUUCUGUGAACAAGUGUAGCUGACAAGACAUUUGAUCCUUUCAGUACCAAGGAGAAUCGUCAUCCUGGGCAAAACUGGACAUGGGAAAAGCAGCCUGGCAAACACCAUGUUUGGAGAGAAAAUGUUCAAGAUCGACCAUACUUCCAAAUCUGGAACAAGUGAAUGUCAGGCAGAAACAAAAUCUUUUAAUGAAAGAAGAUUUACUUUGAUCGACACUCCUGGUUUCUUUGACACCAAAAUGUCUGAAGAGGAAUCGAAGCCUGAGAUAGUGAGGUGUAUCACAGAGUGCGCUCCUGGUCCUCAUGCUUUUCUCAUUGUGCUUAAAGUGGAGAAAUUCACUGAACAUGAGCAGGCUGUUGUUGAUAAAAUAAAGGAAUACUUUUCUGAGGAAGCCUUUAGAUAUGCAACAGUUAUCUUUACUCAUGGUGAUCAACUCCAAGAAGGGUGGACAAUUGAAGAUUUUGUCCAAGAGGACGAGAAUCUGAGAGAUCUGGUGAAGCUGUGCGGUGGCCGCUGUCAUGUCAUUGAUAACAAAUACUGGAACAAAGAGGACGAAUACAGAAACAAUCAGUUCCAGAUAGAGCAGCUGAUCAAGACAAUAGACGAGAUGAUUAAAGACAAUAGAGAUGGCUACUACACGAAUAAGACACUACAAGCAGUUGAGACAGAAAUACAGCAAGAGAUUGACAUCAUAAAGCAGUUAUUCCCAAACUUGUCAGAGGAAGAGAUCAGAAAGAGGGCUAAAGGCAAUGUUUUUAAAAAAGUGUUGUAUCUUUUGGCAGGGAUGGCAACAGGUACGCUGCUUGGGGCUUUUUUUGGUGCUAAGAUGAUGUUCAAAUUAGCUCGUCAAACAGGAUUUGGACAAGCAACCACAGCUGUACUGGUAUCAGAAGUAGUGGGAGCAAUGAUUGGAGGGAUUAGAGGAUUUAUUGCAGCUGAAGUAGCAGAGACACCGUGGGAGGCAGCAAGAGCAGUUAGAGAUGCUGUCAGAGAUCACACCACAAGACUCUAUGAGCAGGUUACUGGUGCUACAGAGGGAAUGGAACAGCAGAAAGAAGAAACACGACAGAAGAAAGAGAAGUGA